CACAGUGUGACGUGUGAUCAGCUGACUGCAGCGGAACGAUUCUGAUCCUCCGUCGACCUUCCUCCGGUUCUUUCCUCCAGUUCUCCGUCGGUUCCGGUGCCGCCGUUGUGUGACCCAGCAUGGCCAGCCAGUCCCAGGGCAUCCAGCAGCUGCUGCAGGCCGAGAAGAGAGCGGCCGAGAAGGUGGCCGAGGCCCGCAAACGUAAGAACCGUCGGCUGAAGCAGGCGAAGGAAGAAGCUCAGGCUGAGAUCGAACAAUAUCGACUGCAGAGAGAGAAAGAGUUCAAGACCAAGGAGGCGGCAGCCCUCGGUUCCCAUGGUAACAGCGCGGUGGAGGUGGACCGGGACACGGCUGAGCGGAUGGGGCGUAUCCAGGCCAGUUACCGUGGUAACCGGGAGGCGGUGCUGGGAGAGCUGCUGCGACGUGUCUGCGACAUCCAGCCCGAGUUCCACGCCAACUACCGUGUGGCCGGCUGAGGGGUGGGGCCACUGAGCGGUGUGGGCGGGGUCAGGUUAUGAGGGGCGGGGCUAGCUGAGCAGAAAGGAUGCUAGCAGCGUUAGCAGGGUUAGCUGAAGGUUCUAAGAGGGUUCUGGCCCGCUUCCUGUCGGUGUUACCAUUUAUUUAUAGAUCACACAUUAACCUCCUGCUCAUUGGUUGGAGGCUUCCCCACCUGUCAGCCAAUCAGAGCUCAGUUUAAAGUCAGACUAGGACAGCCAGCACUCAGCUGCUGGCUAUCGUGGCUCUUUGAUCUCAGAUCUGAUUGGUUGGACAAAAUAUAAAGGCUUUUAUUGUGAAACUCUUGUGCAUUCCUACAGUGCUGUUUUCUGUUAGUGCUCAUGUGACUUCCUGUUGUUGUCUGUGAUGAAACAUUAAAGUCAAUGUUGAUUGGA